CUUUACAUGUACAAUGCUUGUCACGGUUAUAGAUAGCAAUUGUGUGAUCAACCAGUCAGACACAAAUGUACCGUCCGCACCUGAUGAACAGCCUCAAUCGUCCUUUCACCACAGCGCGACGACGCCAUUUACAGUGCGCGCGAGAGGCAGAGUCAAUUGAAGCGCGUAGCGGGUGCUUUACUCAGAAAUAACCAUAAUGGUACAAGCUUGGUACAUGGAAGAUAUCAGUGACGGGGAAGAGAAGCAACUCCCUAAUAAACUACAACCCAACCAAGAUGUUAGCCUCUCCGAGCUAGACGAGAUCGGCGUUAAAUAUUGGGAAAUUGAUGUUGAUUCCUACAAUGGUGAAUUUGAAUCUUUAAAGCAAAAAUUUGGUUACACCUAUGAUGAUACAGUGGACAUCCAUCCCUCUAGAUUUCCCAACUUCGAUAAUAUGCUCAAGACCUUCUUCACGGAACAUCUUCAUACUGAUGAUGAAGUUCGUUUGGUAUUGAAUGGAUCUGGUUACUUUGAUAUCCGAAACAAAAAUGACAAGUGGAUCCGUAUAUAUGUUGAGAAAAAAGAUCUUAUAGUGUUACCAGCUGGGCUUUACCAUCGUUUCACCCUUGAUUCCAAGAAAUACAUCAAAGCUAUGCGGCUUUUCAAAGGAGUGCCUAUAUGGACGCCACACGUGAGACCAUCUGACGACUUAGAGUGUCGAAAGCAGUACUUGAAAUCAAUUGGAUUAGAAGCAUGAAGAACUCUGUCAUCAAGUGUAUUAGCAAGAACUGAAAAUAAUUACCAAAAAAUAAAUGAACUUAUAUUAAUACCUUUGUAUAUGCGCGCAUACACAUGUCUAUGUAUGUAUGUAUGUGUGUGUGUAUGUAUGUAGGCUUGAAACAUAAAUGAAUUUUCCAUUUUUCUUGAGUGUCAAACUAAUACACCUGCUUGUUGUUCUUA